AUGAUUCGAAUUUUUCAGAAACGGCAGUCAGACGGUGUUCAUUGGCAUUUGGUCCGAUGUGUUGGAGGCCAACUUCUUGCAGGCGCUUUUGUGUCGUACCGUUUUCGAAAUGCCAGUUCAACUGCUCAUACAGUAUGCUUUAUACUGCGUAUUGUCCCAUCCAUAAUUUGCCUCAUGUUGGUCUUCCAAUGCCGUUCCAUGACGCCUAAGUUGAUCGAACCAGCGUACCUCGAACUCGCGAAGAAUUUCCUCUUUGCUGGACUCUUUUUCAAUGCUGCGCUACUACUCGCUUCGGGCUGGCACGUAGGCACGACCUUGCAAGUUGAUAAUAGACUGGGUAACUGCCUUUACCAGUUGGAUGCUAUUGCUUCCAUAUGUAUUGGAGUGGCUUGGUUGACAUUUCCGAAAUGGCUUCUGCAUAGGCAGGUUACGGUACCAUUGGACGAGUCUCACGAACUAUGUGGACGAAUUAUGGGAGCGCUUUUCGUCACUUCAUAUGCUGUGGCCACACAUGCGCUUCACUGGGAAGACAAGGACGAUCGAAUGGUUGCCAUUGACGGACGAGUUGUCUGUUGUCUCUGCAUACUUUCCGCUCAAGUUUGGUCACAAUUCGCCUACCUCGAAUCGUGGUCAGGUGGACAUUGGGUUGGUAUCUCCUUAUUCUCUACCUGGACUGUGAUCUCCGUCAUAUACCGUCUUGCACUUUUCUGUAAAACCAAAGCAAAAAAAUUGUAA